CUCAGCACCGUCUCGCUGUGGAAGAGACAAUAGCAAAAACCGUAAGGAGCAAGAUCGAAGAAUCAUAUCAGUAACUCUCACAAGUUACGUUUUGUUCGUGUCGUUACUGUGUUUAUCUUUCUUUAUCUAUCCCACACGAAACACUGCGUUGAGAUGCUCCGUGUCUUCCGAAACGACACUCGCCACCGGGGGGAGAGAGAGAGAGAGCAUCCCGUUUCAACACACCGCGCGAAUCCAUAGAACUUGUUUAGGGAGUGCAACAGUAGCCACCUGCACAGCAGCUCCUCCCACCAAGGCACGUCGUCACUUUGCUGCUGCCCCGCGCGUCAUGCGAUCCGACGUUGCAAGCGACCCAGUGCGCCGGACUCGCGUCCCACCCUUCCGAAUAAUUGAACUCGGUGGAUCGUACCCAAAUGAAAAAGGCUUUGAGGUGCUCAGGGAAUAGAGAUUUAAAAGAGGGGAAGCGGAGGGAGGGAGAGCAAACAAAGAGGGGAUACCCAAUGCAAAACAAGAAGUGAGAGAGCACCGGGGGAGGAGAGCGAGUUGGGAUUUGAAGCCGAGGAGGGGCUUUGAUGAUGCCGAGGUCGAGGUCGAGGUCGAGGCAGGCUGGCCACCCUCCAUCAUUCCCAUGCCACAACUGCCUCCUCCUCCCUCUCUUCCGCUUCUGUUUCCUCCUGCCGCUGAUACUCUUACUGCCGUCUUUCUCCUCCUCUUCGCUAGCUUCUGCCAACCAAGAAGUCACUGCGCUCUACCGGUGGAUCAACUCCUCUUCCUCCUCCCCCUUAUCCAGAGCGCUCUCUGACUGGAACCCGGCGCACGCGACGCCGUGCAAGUGGAGCCACAUCACCUGCAACGCCGCCGGCUCCGUGUCCACCAUCACCAUCCAAUCCGUUCCCCUGACCGUCCCCCUCCCCGUCGGGCUGUGCAGCGCCCUACCCUCCCUCACCACCCUCGUCGUCUCCGAUGCCAACCUCACCGGUACCAUCCCGACCGACUUCGCCGCCUGCUCCCUCCUCACCCUCCUCGACCUCAGCUCCAACUCCCUCUCCGGUGCCAUACCCCCCGCCCUCUCCCGCCUCCCAUACCUCGCCUCCCUCAUAAUCAACUCCAACCAGCUCUCCGGCCCCAUCCCGGAGGAGCUCAGCGCCGCCGCCAGCCUCCGCCACCUCAUCAUCUUCGACAACCGUCUCUCCGGCCCCAUCCCGGACUCCCUCGGAGACCUCUCCCUCCUCGAGACCCUCCGUGCCGGCGGCAACCGCGACCUCUCCGGAUCCAUACCCGACUCCCUCUCCCGCUGCGCCAACCUAUCUGUCCUCGGCCUUGCCGAUACUAAGAUAUCCGGCCCCAUUCCGGCGUCGCUUGGCCGGCUGUCCAAUCUCCAAACGCUGUCCAUCUACACCACCAUGCUGUCCGGGUCGAUCCCGCCGGAGCUCGGCAACUGCUCGUCGCUCGUCAACCUCUACCUCUACGAGAAUUCGCUUUCCGGUCCGCUGCCACCGUCGCUCGGGCGGCUGCCGAAGCUCGAGAGGCUUCUCCUGUGGCAGAAUGUGCUCUCCGGCCCCAUCCCGGACGAGUUCGGUGGCCUUUCUUCCCUCCGAUCCAUGGACCUCUCCAUCAACUCCAUCUCCGGCGCCAUCCCGCCAUCUUUGGGCGCGCUCUCGAACCUCCAAGAUCUCAUGCUAAGUGACAACAACAUCUCCGGAUCCUUACCGCCUUCUCUUGCCAACCUCACGUCGCUCUUCCAGCUCCAGAUAGACACUAACCAGAUCUCCGGCCUCAUCCCCGCGGAGUUCGCGGCGCUCAAGUCGCUCGCCGUCUUCUUCGCGUGGCAGAACCUGCUCGAAGGCGCUAUACCUCUCUCCCUCGCCUCGCUGUCGAACCUCCAGGCGCUCGACCUUUCCCACAACCACCUCACUGGCCCCAUGCCCCCCGGCCUCUUCCUCCUUCGCAACCUCACCAAGCUCAUGCUGCUCUCCAACGACAUCUCCGGCCCGAUACCCGCCGAGAUUGGCAGGUGCACUUCCCUCAUUCGACUCCGCCUCGCCAACAACCGCAUUGCCGGCCCCAUCCCGGUCGAGAUCGGCGGGCUUAAGAGCCUCGACUUCCUCGACCUCUCCGCCAACCGGCUCACCGGCCCUGUUCCUGCUUCCAUCGGCAACUGCUCCCAGCUCCAAAUGGUCAACCUCAGUAACAACACGCUCUCCGGUGCCGUACCCGAUUCCUUAUCUUGGAUCACCAGACUGGAGGUACUCGAUCUGUCGCUCAACCAGCUUACGGGGCCGAUCCCCGGUAGCUUUGGCAAGUUGGCUUCCAUAAACAAGCUGGUGCUUAGUGGGAAUUCACUCACCGGCCCGAUACCACCUUCGCUUGGCCGGUGCUUGAACCUCGAAUUGCUUGACCUUAGUAGCAACCAACUCACUGGCGGCAUCCCCGAUGACCUCUGCCUCAUCGAGGGGCUCGACAUUGCUCUAAAUCUCAGCAGGAAUGCGCUCACCGGACCGAUCCCGGAGAAGAUCUCUAUCCUCAGUAAACUAUCGGUUCUCGACGUAUCGUACAACCUGCUCGACGGUAGUCUCGCACCUCUUUCUGAACUAGAAAACCUGGUCACACUAAACGUCUCCAACAACAACUUCACCGGCUACCUCCCCGACACCAAGCUCUUUCGCCAGCUCUCGGCCUCCGAUCUUGCCGGCAACCAGGGGCUCUGCACCCACGGUGGAGACGUGUGCUUCGUAACCUUGGACGCCAACGGGCGGCCAAUCAUGACGGCAGAGGCGGAGAGCAGAAGAGUGCACAGGUUGAAGUUAGCCAUAGCACUGCUGAUCACUUCGACGGUCGCGAUGCUUCUCGGGUUGAUCGCAACUAUAAGGGCGAAAAGAAUGGCAGCAGGGAAUGGCAGCGAAGACGAUGACUCCGAGACGGGCGGCGGGAUGUCUUGGCCAUGGCAGUUCACUCCCUUCCAGAAGCUGAGCUUUUCGGUGGACCAGGUUGUGCGUAGCCUGGUGGAUGCCAACGUUAUCGGGAAAGGCUGCUCCGGAGUGGUCUACCGCGUCCAAAUGGAUAACGGGGAAGCCAUCGCCGUGAAGAAGCUAUGGCCAACGAGUGCAUCGGCCGGGAAAAUGGCGGCCAAAGAGGACUGCAACAGCAGCAGAGUCAGAGACUCGUUCUCGGCUGAGGUGCGGACGCUCGGUUCCAUCCGGCACAAGAACAUCGUGAGGUUCCUCGGGUGCUGCUGGAACAAGAACACCCGGCUGCUGAUGUACGAUUACAUGGCCAACGGCAGCCUGGGGGGGCUGCUCCACGAGCGCACCGGGUUCUCACUGGAGUGGGACUUGCGGUAUCAGAUCGUCCUGGGGGCCGCCGAGGGUCUUGCCUACCUCCACCAUGAUUGUGUUCCGCCGAUAGUUCACAGAGAUAUCAAGGCCAACAACAUUCUCAUCGGCCUCGACUUCGAGGCCUACCUGGCCGACUUCGGGCUUGCGAAGCUCGUGGAGGACGGGGAUCUUGCUCGGUCCUCGAACACCGUCGCGGGUUCCUACGGCUACAUUGCUCCUGAGUAUGGAUACAUGAUGAAGAUCACGGAGAAGAGCGACGUAUACAGCUACGGCGUGGUGAUGCUGGAAGUGCUAACUGGGAAGCAGCCGAUCGACCCCACGAUCCCCGAGGGGCUGCAUGUGGUGGACUGGGUGCAGCGGCGGAGGGGGAGCCUGGAGGUGCUCGAUCCGAGCCUCAAAGGUCGGCCGGAGACUCACGUGCAGGAGAUGCUGCAGGUGCUCGGCGUGGCACUCCUGUGCGUGAGCGCCACUCCGGACGAGCGGCCGACCAUGAAGGACGUGGCCGCAAUGCUCAAAGAGAUCCGCCAUGAAAGGGAGGAGUUUGCGAAGGUGGACUUCCUCCUCAAGAAGGCAGAACCAAGUGCGGCAGUUGAUGCUACGACGUCGGCGUCAAGCAGUGCGUUGGGUGUGCCAAUUGGGUCAUAGUGCCAGUAACAAUUCCAGCUUAUCUGCUUCCAGCAUCCGCUCUUCCGCCAAGUCCAAAUCACCUUCGGCCUAUCCUUCCUAACAACAAUUUGUACCUCUUCCUUCUGCUCCUUUUUCUUUUUUUCCUUUGUAAUUUGCUCUACUUCUUUUGCUAUGCUCUUCUACUAAGCAUUGCCUUGCAUCUGCAAGACACGAUGUGAAGAAGAGCUCCUUGAUUGAGCUACAGAGGUGACUACCAAACCAACAAAGAAGGGCUCGACGAAUAAAUAUGAUUAUAAAUUUUACUGUCAUUUA